UAGUUUGGUGGCCACGUGAUCAUAAAAGGUUAUAAAUACAGGCACCAUUCUCAUUUGUUUCUUUAACGGUGAGGCAGAGUAAAGAGUGACAUGGCGUCGACCAGCCGUGGAGACGCGUUGGCCCUUCCUAGAGUUCAGUGUCCCAACCACCCAGAUGCCCUGUUGGUGGAGGACUACAGAGCCGGGGACAUGAUUUGCCCUGAAUGUGGCCUUGUUGUAGGCGACCGUGUAAUUGACGUGGGCUCAGAGUGGAGAACAUUUUCCAAUGAGAAAGCCCUGAAAGACCCUUCCAGAGUGGGAGACGCCCAGAAUCCGUUGCUUAAUGGAGGCGACCUAACCACCAUGAUUGGCAAGGGAACAGGCGCGGCAAGUUUUGACGAGUUCGGCAACUCAAAGUACCAAAACCGAAGGACAAUGAGCAGCUCUGACAGGGCCAUGCUCAAUGCAUUUAAAGAAAUCAGCACCAUGGCCGACCGCAUCAACCUGCCAAGAAACAUCAUCGACAGAACAAACAACUUAUUCAAACAGGUUUAUGAGCAGAAGAGCCUGAAGGGACGAGCCAACGAUGCCAUUGCCUCAGCCUGCCUCUACAUCGCGUGCAGACAGGAAGGUGUACCAAGAACGUUUAAAGAGAUCUGCGCCGUCUCCCGGAUCUCCAAGAAGGAAAUUGGUAGAUGCUUCAAGCUCAUCCUGAAGGCGCUUGAGACCAGCGUGGACCUCAUCACCACAGGAGACUUCAUGUCCCGUUUCUGCUCGAACCUCGGUUUACCCAAACAAGUGCAAAUGGCCGCCACGUUCAUCGCCAGGAAGGCGGUGGAGCUUGACUUGGUGCCUGGCAGGAGUCCCAUCUCUGUGGCUGCAGCGGCCAUUUACAUGGCCUCCCAGGCCUCUGCAGAGAAGAAGACCCAGAAAGAAAUUGGAGACAUCGCUGGUGUCGCAGACGUUACAAUCAGACAGUCGUACAGGCUCAUCUACCCGAAAGCCGCAGAACUUUUCCCUCCAGACUUCAAAUUUGACACACCUGUUGACAAGCUGCCCCAACUGUGAAGACUGUCCUUGCACAGUGAUACUUUUCUGCUGUACUUACACGAUUGUAUUUGUUAUAAACUUAUUUCUGUUGGAUUUGGACGAUUUCUCCUGUCCCUUAUCAGACUCUCGACCUUUAUCAAGGCACUCGCAGGAAAUAAAUGGACACAUUCCAGUGCUUAAACAACCGCUUGCUGACUGUACUUACAGUAUUUCAUUUGAGUGUAUAUACAGAAUGUAUAUAUGUCCAAGUGGGAAAAUGUAAUUGAUGCUUGCAAUUUUAGGCUGGUUUCAUACUGUACACAAAACUUUGUUUUGUAAAAAAAAAUGACCAGGUUCUAUUUUGUUAGUUUGAAUUGUUUUAAGUAAUUUAAAAUAAAAGAUUUUCAUGAAAGCAUUAUCAGCUUCUAGAUUGAAGACCAUUAAACCUUUGUUUUCAUAAAUCCUCUCACUCUGGUCUUUGGUAUCAACCCCAGAAUGUGAAAAAUUUAACAAGGGUGAAAAUGUCACACUAUUGGGAUGUAAACAAAAAAAAACAAAGCCACUAUUAAAAACGUUUAAUUUGUGCAA